UUUUGCUUUAUAUUCUUAGUUUAUAUUUCUUCUCCUUUUCCAUACAACUGAAGCUAAUUGUUUAUCUGAAGGUACAAUCUAUUAUUUUCCCCCUUUUUGAACGCCAUGCAACCAGGUGGACGUAGGUAUUGUUUGGAACUGGAUGCAGUUGAGACCAUGAAAGCUGAAAUGGUAAUGAUGAGAAACGAGAAAAAAUACAUGGAAGCACUGCUAACUUCGGUGGAGAGUGCAGUUGAAGAACAUAAGAGAGUUGUUUCGAUGUAUAAAGCCAUGGAAAAACUGGCUGAUGAUUUGCUGCCCGUUGUAAUGGAAGCGGAAGGUGAUGAUAACAACUGUCUGGAGCUUGACGAGGAAACCAUGAAGGAACUGGUGGAGGAAGCUAUGAGGGACUUCAAUGAAGCAUUGAAACAAGCUCAAUCUCGCCGGACCAGCCCUGCAGAUGGCGGAGGGGAUGACGGCGGCUCUGGUGAUUAUAAGAAUACUGGUGAUAGAACCAAUACUAAUACUGGAAAUGAUACUCGUGGAAGCGGCGGUGGCCACGACUUAUAGGUUGAGAGCUUAGUGGUUUAAAUAAUGAAUAAAAAAUCAGUUAAGCCGUCUAACGGUUUUAUGUACCUUUAGUGAACCACGUAUUAAAAUGAAGGAAAAAGGCUGAAAAACCAGCGGUAUUAUGAAUAGUUGUUU